CUGAUCAUACCGUUGUCCACUGCUUGCAGUGCCACAAACCCCAGGAAAACCUUGCUGCUCACCUGGCCAGAGUCUGCAUGAAGAAACGCACGCCCGAGGAGAGAGCGGCCGAGGUUCAGAAAGCCAAGGCUUCGAGCAGAGAGUGGGUUCGGAUGAACAGGACCUGGGACUACAACCAGAUCUGUGCGCUCCUGCCUCAUCACCGCUCUCGCGUCAUCAUGUUUCUUCAGCGUGGUUUUUUUAUCACGAACCAGCCCCGCGAGUCUGACUGUGAUGAAGAUGAUGCUUCUGCUCCUUCAUCUGAUCUUCCUCAAACCCGGUUGGUUCAGAGGGCUCCUGGCAUUAAACACUGCCAGAAGAUCGUGAGAGUGGCGAAGCCGGACGUGCUCAGGAUCCAGAGGGACCUCCAGGCGGGCAGAGAGCUCUCCAACACGGACCAGACGCUCUACCGCUAUUACUGCGAGGCGCUCUUGGUGUUUGUCCACAUGCAGCGUCCCACAGCUGUGGAAGCCUUGACGGAUGCCGAGUGGGUGAACAAGACCAAGCUGGGUGACAGAUUUGUGAUCGGCGUACAGAGGGAGAAAACCUCGAGUAUGCAGAUCGCUCUGAGGAGGAAGCUUGCUUGGAGCUGUACUUCAGACGCAUCAGGCCUGAGAACAUUCAGCCGGAGAAACUCUGCAAUAGUUUCUUUGUUUCGUCAUCCGGCGUGGAGGUUCAAAGUGUCUCUCGGGACAUGAAUCGGCUCCAUAAAUUGUACAAGCUGGCUCCUUUCUCUGCCCAGUGUGUGCGGAGGGCUGUUGAGGAGGCUGCAGAAAAGCUCCCGGCGCAGCAACAGGAGGCGCUCCACCAUUACCUGUCCAUCAGCGCUGGUGCGGUCCGGCCGCAGGAUGUCAUCAACGCAGCUCUGCUGCUGGAAUCAUUAGUCAGCACAUUUCACAGUCCGCAAGCCUUCA